AUGCGAGCUUCCCAAGAAUCUGAAGCCUCUUCUUAUUACGACAGUUUAUACAGCCGACCCAUGCAGCAGGCAAACCCGACCCUCCAAAUUCCAAACAAUGAACAGUUCUUCACUCUCGAGUCGACACCCGCACCCGAUCACCCCAACUACAGCUCAUCAUCUUCAGGCCCAACAAGCGACUCAUCAGCCCGAAGCCCAUUCUCCUAUACGGCCCACGAGUCCCCUCUAAGCAACUCCUCCUCAGGAGUCGAAGACGAGAACAAGCUCCUCCACGCACUCUGGGUCCUUCGUCACGAGCUGCUCGGCCCCGAAUCCGAAACCGACGACAGCGGCUUCUACAAUGGCAUGACUUCAUCUCCCUUCACGAGGUACAACAAAAUCCUCGAGAUGGCCCACCACAUGGACCUCAAACAACUUCUCGUCUCGUGCGCGGAAAUAGUCUCGGAGGUCGACGCCCUCCAUUCCCCCGACCGCCAGGUGGCGGUCUCCGCCGCCGAAGCCUUAAUGGACAUAAUCGAAAAAAUGGUAUCUGUCUCUGGCGACCCCUCCCAGCGACUCGGCGCGUACAUGCUCGAAGGUCUCCGCGCGAGGCUUCUCUCCUCCGGAAGCAGUAUCUACAAGAAACUCAAAUGCAAAGAACCGACUAGCUCCCAACUCAUGUCUUACAUGCACGUGAUUUACCAAAUUUGCCCUUACUACAAAUUCGCGUACACGUCAGCGAACGUCAUCAUAGCAGAAGCCAUGAAAAACGAGAGUCGAAUCCAUAUAAUCGAUUUCCAGAUUGCUCAGGGCAGCCAGUGGGUUUCUUUUAUUCAAACACUCGCUCGGCGGCCCGGCGGGCCGCCGAGCAUCCGAAUCACCGGAGUCGAUGACUCUCAGUCGACACAUGCUCGUGGAGGUGGGCUCGAGCUCGUCGGACUCCGGCUUCACCAGGUGGCGAAAUCCUGCGGAGUCCCGUUCGAGUUUCACGGUGCCGCCAUCUCUGGCUGCGAGGUCCGUCUCGAGAAUCUUAAAAUCCGGCCAGACGAGGAAGAAGCGCUGGCGGUGAACUUCCCUUACGUGCUUCACCACAUGCCAGACGAGAGCGUGAGCACCGAAAACCACCGCGACCGACUGCUCCGACUAGUGAAGGGACUUUCGCCGAAAAUCGUGACGCUACUCGAGCAGGAGUCGAACACGAACACCUCGACUUUUUUGCAGCGGUUCUGCGAGACGCUCGACUACUACACGGCGAUGUUCGAGUCGAUUGAUGUGGCGAGGGCGCGGGAUGAUAGGAUGAGGAUGAGCGCGGAGGAGCACUGCGUGGCGAGGGAUGUGGUUAAUAUCAUUGCGUGCGAGGGGGCUGAGCGGGUGGAGAGGCACGAGGUUUUUGGGAAAUGGAGGAUGAGGUUUAUGAUGGCGGGUUUCGAUCAGGUGCAGGUGAGCCCCACGGUGAGGGGCGUGGUUGGGGAGAUGUUGAAGGAGUAUAGUUCGAAUUACGGGUUGGCGGAGGGGAAUGGGGCGCUGUAUCUCGGGUGGAAGAAUCGGGCUCUGUCGACGUGUUCUGCGUGGAGAUGA